AUGGUCAAAAUCGACGAGUUCGCCGUCGAGUCCUGGAUGGACGCAUACGAGACAAAGUGCAAGUACAACGUCGCUGAAACAUGUUGUGCCUCGAUCUCCGUCGAUCAGCUACGCGAGCUGUCCGAGGACAAAGACCGACCAGUUUUCGAUACCUCGCGGGUCCUCACAUACGGUACUAUUAGAGGAAGUGACGAGCUACGUAACAACCUCGCCCGACUGUAUUCUGCAAAAGUCACAAACCCACUCUCUCCGGACAGCAUCCUCAUCACUCCUGGUGCCAUUCAAGCAAAUUAUCUGACUGCAUACGCUCUCGCUGGCCCUGGAGACCAUGUCAUCUGCCACUACCCCACCUACCAAUCUCUCUACGAGGUCCCUAAGCAACUGGGCGCUGAAGUCGAUUUGUGGAAAGCUACACCCGAGAACAAAUGGGUACCCAAAAUCGACGACCUCAAGUCGCUUAUCAAGCCCAACACGAGGCUCAUCGUCAUCAACAACCCCAACAACCCUACUGGUGCCAUCCUAGGCAAGACUUUCCUACAAGAACUCAUCGACAUUGCUUCUGAAAAGAACAUUACCAUCAUGAGUGACGAGGUCUAUCGGCCACUGUUCCAUUCCAUUAGUCCUUUGGACAAGGAGUUUCCACCGUCUCUCCUAUCCAUGGGCUACGACAAUGUCAUCGUCACGGGCUCCAUGUCAAAGGCCUAUUCACUUGCCGGUAUCCGCAUAGGAUGGAUAGCUUCUCGUAGCUCUGAGAUCAUUGAGAGAAUCGCUUCAGCGCGUCAUUACACCACCAUCUCUGUCUCCUACUUUGAUGAAUGCAUCGCAGCAUAUGCGCUACACUCGGCAACCGUGCACCAGCUGCUAGCGCGCAACCUGGAACUUGCGAGGAAAAACAUGGCCAUUCUGGAAAAGUUUCAACUCAAAAACGAAGAUGAGUGUGAAUGGGUCAAGCCCGUUGCUGGCACUACAGCUUUCGUCAAGUUUCACAGGGAAGGAAAGCCCGUCGACUCGGUCGACUUUUGCAAAAAGCUGCUGGAAGCGACAGGCGUCAUGUUCGUACCUGGCAGCACCUGUUUCGGCGAAGAGUUCAAGGGCUACGUCAGGAUCGGCUAUGUUAACCAGACAGAUGUUGUUCAAAAUGGACUGGAUGCUGUAACAAAGUUCAUACGGAAGAACCUUGACGACGUAGAGCUAGCAGCGUAA